UAAGCUAUAAAAGCUGCUUAAAGCCUUAAAAGCAAAUACUAAUCUGCGUCGCUUCGAAGCAGCGUGCGUGCCUUAUUUAAAAAGGCAGAGCUCGGCGGUGGCCGAUAAACCGGUGACUGAAGUCGAAAAGCGAGACGGAAGGAGUCGCUUGGGAUUUUUUUAUGACCUAAAGUUGACUCAUAGAGAUGGAAAUUGAAGGUCAUGCAAUUAGAGCUCUUGGUUCUCUCUUCAAGCUCACUGAGGUCUACAUAUGGGAAGACGGCUCAACAGAGACGCGAGAAAUUUGCUUGUUUCCUGAGUCCACAAGUGAUUAUGAUGAUACCAGCUCAAACAUCACUGAUUUAACCAGAGACUUUAGUGAAGUUCCAGAGGGUUUAGAAUUAACCAAGCAGAUGGAUGCCUUAGGGCUUCCCGUUUCCUUCCAGUCCAAUAAGAAGACGAGGAAUAAUAGAAUGAAUAAAAGCAGGAGGAAUGGGAAGCUUUCUUGUCGAUAUAAAGAAGCUAAGGAUGAAGCUCUAGAAUUUAUGAAAGUGAGUGAGGUGGAGAUUGUAUCUCCUACUGCUUUCCUUGAUAACACAAGCAAUUCUUUAUCUUGCAUGUCAAUGCUGGGCCAAAGUGAAUCAUAUUAUUAUGAUGUUGCAGUUGAUAUCAGCGAUUCCCGAAGUCCUGCUGAUGAAGAAGCUACAAGUUCAACUAAGAUUAUAUAUAGUGCUGUCUUUGAUGGGACUUCUUAUGAUCUGUCUAAAAAUGAACAGGAAAAUGAGCUUGUAACACUCAGCGAUGUUGCAUCAAACGAUGAAAUUAUAAAAGGACUUAGUUCAAGCUAUUUAGAUGCUCCUCCUUCACCAGUUUGCCAGCUGAAGGAUGUGAGUGUUGACCAUGGUGAGAAAAAACUUGGUGGAAGCUUGGAGUCCGAGUGCCUAAGUGAUUCCUCUGCUACUCACAAUCAUAAACAAGUUAGAAGGCUUCACAGUGAGGAGAGUACUCAGCAGGCAGGAGGUACUGAAAUUAUUGAAUUGUCUCAGAACUCAGAAGUGCUCGAAUGCAACAGAAUAGAAACUCAUGGCUACAAUGAUAACCUCAGAGAUUGGAGGGUGUACUGGGACAAUUACUACAUGAGAAAUUACUUUUAUAACAUCCAAACUGGUACUUCUACAUGGGAUCCACCUGCUGGUAUGGAACACCUAGCAUUUGAUAGUGUCACUGAUGUAUCAAAUGGAGCAAUUGUGGAAGUGACUGAAAAUAAUGAUGCCCCUUCCACUUCUAGCAAUUCACUAAAUUAUUUCAAGCGUUUGGAGGAACAUCCAAAUGAUGAUGGAUUGAUACAUUGGCCAUCAGAUAAGGUUUCAGUGAAAAUGAUUGUCACUGCCAACAGCAAUUUGCCUGAAAUGAUUGUACCUGAAAAUGAUAGUUUUGAGCUUCAAGAUGAACUUCAGAGGAUCAGUACAAGUUGCGACGAUGAAAUCACAUCAUGCUUAGCAUUUGAGGCACAAGAGAAUUCCAGUGGCUUCACCAGUAUGAUAACUAACCAAGUUCUUGAGAAUGAUAAGAUGCAAAUGGAAAGUUGUGAUCCUGCAACAGAUAAGUUAUAUACCCAGCCGGAAUCUGGCAUGACAAAACAGAAAAGGAAAGCAAGAAAAACGCUUGCUCAUAAGAAAUCCUCAAAUAGUGAAGAUCUUCAAUGUGAAGAAAUUUUUGAACACUUCUCUGCCAAUAUUGACAAAUAUUGGCAUCAAAGGUAUCUUCUGUUCUCCAGAUUCGAUAAUGGUAUAAGAAUGGACGAGGAAGGAUGGUUUUCUGUAACUCCAGAACCCAUCGCUAGGCAUCAAGCAAUACGUUGUGCUAGUGACGCCAUAAUUGACUGUUUCACUGGAGUUGGUGGCAAUGCAAUCCAAUUUGCACAGAGGUGCAAACAUGUUAUUGCAAUUGAUGUUGAUCCAAAGAAGAUUGAUUAUGCAUAUCAUAAUGCUUCCAUAUAUGGGGUAGCUGACCAAAUAGAUUUUAUAACUGGCGACUUCUUCAACUUGGCACCAAAGCUGAAGGCAGACACUGUCUUCCUGUCACCUCCUUGGGGAGGACCUGAUUAUGCUAAAGUGAAAACUUACAACAUUAUAACAAUGCUAAGGCCACAAGAUGGAUAUACUCUCUUUAACACUGCCAAGAAAAUUGCUCGCAAAGUUGUCAUGUUUCUACCUAGAAAUACUGAUUUCAAUCAAUUGGCAGAGUUGACUUUAUCAUCUGACCAUCCAUGGUCGCUUGAGGUUGAGAAAAACUAUUUGAAUGGCAAGUUGAAGGCAAUAACUGCUUACUUCAGUGACACAAUAGUUGAGGGCACUGAUCCGCUGUAAUUAACAUCGGCAGUGGGGUGAAAGGGACUGACGUCAUUCUGGAGAUGAAUUGUGCUUUUUCUUGGACGUCAUGUACAAUUUCUAUGAGCUGUUUUAUUAAUUAUUUUUGCUUAGACAUUGUUACUUAAUAGGAUAGUGAUCUAAAUGUGUGUUGCUCUGCUCCUGUAUCAAAGUUGUCUGUAAAACAAUUGACCGACGUAUUAGGCUGCAAGUAGAGACGGUUAAUUCAGUAUCUCGAGUUCACUUUACAUUCAGGUGCCAGGUAAAAUCUCAUGUAAUGGAAGAAAUUUUCCAAAAUCACCUGGCAGAAAAGAUGGUUGUGUUGUGUGGUGUAGAAUAGACAUAGUAAAGUUCACUCCCUGUCUGUAAUUAUCAAUCUUGUUCGAUGGAGGUGUCACAAUUGGCUUCUGCCAUUCUACAAGGAAAUUGCAAUUGCCAAACUUUAAUUUCUCCA